AGUGUGGGGGUCACUCCCCAGGUGCAGGGAAGGGCGAACGGAGCUGCAGUCCUUGGAAAUGGGAGGAGCUGUGUGGAUAAUGGUGGUGUUCCUGAUGACCUCCAUCAGCUGCAAUGCCCUCCUGGAUCUGUAUGGUCUCCAUGAGAUUAAGGGUACAUGGAUGGGAUCUGCCACUUUACCAUGUACCUACGUGCCUUCAGAAGGUUUCACACAGCAAAUGCUCACCUGGAGCAUAGAGCGUGACUACAGCACCGCAACCAUCUUCCUGAGGGACGAUUCUGGUGACCAUGUCUUGUUGUCACAGUUCCGAAACCGGGUCAGCGUCCCAAAGCACAGCCCAGGGGACAUCUCGCUCCUGAUUGACAACCUCGAAAUCCCUGACAGUGGACACUACACCUGCCAAGUCAUCUGGAGGUCUGAAAACAACAGCUUGAUAAAAAAGGAGUUGACCACUAUGGUUAAAGUUGUCAAAGUUGCAGUGACCAAGCCCAUUAUCAGGGCCAGCGAGCUGGGCCUGACGGUGCCGGCAGGAGCCAGGACCAGCCUGACCUGUGUGGCCAGCGGGUCCCCCCCCAUCCGGUACCGCUGGUUCCGGGGAGCCCCAGGGGGGACAGCCCUGCCCCUGGGCAGCCAGGCCGAGCUGGUCUGGGACAGCCUGCAGCCCUCUGACACCGGAACCUACUUCUGCCAGGCAGAGAACAGGGCUGGGUCCAGGGCAGUGCAGCAGAGCGACCCCGUCCAGCUGACCGUGAGCGGUCUGCCCACAGCAACACCAGCACCCAGGAGGGAUGCUGCUUCAGAGAGACCCCUCACUGCCACAGGUGCCCCCCAGGCCACCCCACCCCCGCUCAUUGCUGCACUGGUGGCCACAAUGGCCACCGUGACCGGGGCAGUGCUGGCCACACUGAGGCACCGACGGCGAAACAAGGACCGAGAGCAACAUGGACAGGACGAAGAUGGGGACAAACAUCUCUAUGAAGUUGCUUUCAUUAGCACUGCAGAUGUCCCGAGACUGGAAAGUGAUGUGGAAGCCCCUGUUGCAUGCCUGCACAAGGAGACAAAGUUUAAGACUGAACCAUCCAGUGCCACUUUGACCAUGGCAGACAAUGGCCAUCACAGCAUCAGGAAAAAUUCUGAAUAUGAGAACCUUGUGAAUGCAAUGGAAUUGGAGUACGAAAUAGAAAUGAUUUAGCAGAGUAUGUGAUUCCCACAUGAGCAGCCAUGCAGGGCUGCAGAUAUUGAGUGGUGAACUUUGCCAAAGGAAACUCUUCUUCUUGUCUGCCUUCCACCCUGAUAUAUAGACCAGUUUUGCUGCUUUCUUUAGCACAGGGGAGCUUCAUAACCUCCUUGUCAUUUUGGCAAAUGAGGCCCUGGCAUUUGGUGCAGAAACCCUCAGCCAAGUGGCUGUCUACAUGCUUUCAUAGAGUGAAUAAUUUCCAAGCAGUCUAAAGGACCAAGGUGAGUGCGAGCAGAUCUGGAAGAGAGGAAACACGGAUGUCUUUAGCGUGCAAAUGAAGGUGUAGCUGGGUGAGAUGCUGCUGGCCAGGAACAGCAUCUCUCAAAGCCCUCCAUUCCCUGUUAGGACAUUCUGACUGCAAGGAGCCAGAGAUUGUGCAGUGAAUCCUGGUUGUACAUUCUGCUUGUCCUUCCACCUUUUUUGUUAAAGCAUAGUAAAGGGGCUGUAGAGGGCUGGUUGUGAUACCUUAGGAAUGUAAUUUUUGCUAUGAGGCUGGAGCUCGUUGAUGAGGGAAGAGUGAAUGUGCCUGCAGGUGGUGAGCUUCUAACCGCCACCUGCUGGUUUUCUUCUGGAAGAGCAGAACUGGUGCUGAGGACUUGCUAGUGUUUCAGUUUUGCAGUGUGGGGGUCAGAGGCAUAAUAAAACAGGUGGAAAAUUGAACAAAGAACCGAGUCAAUGUGUCUUGUUACAACAGAGAUAUUAUUUUUUUACCUACGUUAUCAUAGGGAUGCUCUGAACACUUAUGUGUGUACUAUGCCUUGAAAAGUGCUUGAUUAGCCCAACAUAUUUUGUUUUCCAGGCCAAAUACAAAAGUCUCAAAAAGG